AUGAGUCGUGGCGGUAAUUCAAACCGUAAUCGUGUUCGCGUGCCGGGCGAACAUUUAAUAGCAUUAGGGGUCCGAAACACUACUCGUGAAACAUCGAACACCAUUAUUACAUCCACAACAAACAAUAAUGUUAUGAGUCAAAAUUCAUCCUUACCCAAUAAUUCUACCGCUAUUACAACAAGUAAUAUUCUAGAAACAGUAACAACAACAGCAGUUACGACUACACCUACAUCAUCCGCAGCCAAUAUCCGUCCAUUUCGUCCAGCUGUUCUACCAACAACAAAUCGGUAUAGUGCAAUUGACAGUAUAUCCGAUCAAGAUCAGAUUAUUUUAUUAUCUUCAAAUGUCAAUAUUAGCAAUAACAACAAUAAUAAUAAUAACAACGAUUAUUUUUCGUUCGAUACUGAACAGUUUCGCGUUAAUUUAAAAACAGAGUUAAGUAAUAAUAAUGCUAAAGGUAUCGAACAACUAAUAUUAACUGGAACUAAUUAUCUAAUGUCAACCCCGAAACGUCAAUUACAAGAUCUAAAUAUAUUAAUUAUUCUUAGUUGGUUAUCUGCAAGACAAUCGAGUAUAUUUAUCGUGCCAUCAGUUACAAAAGCGUUAUGUAAUUUGCUAAAAUCACAAGUAUUCAAUAAAAUUAUAAAAUCAAUCACAGCACAAACACCAUCGAUAUUGUCCAAUCAAAUAGUGAACCCAUAUGUGUUUAUUUCACAAAUACUUUGGCUUGCCUAUCAGAACCAGUCAAUAUGGCCAGAAGAAUUUAUUGAAGCCUACGUUGAAGAUGCGUUAAAUGAACAUAACUGGAUUGAUGAUGUUAACUGUAGUCAAUUUGUUUCAAACAUAUUAACUGCAUUUGAUACUCGACCCCGAACUUGGAAAAUUGAUUCGUCUAAUCAAUCAAAAUCUACAUCAUCGAUAGUUAACAACAGUGCAGUAAUUGAUGAAACAAGCAAUGACAGUGCUUCAGGACCAAGUGGAGAAAUAAUACCCUUAUCUGAAUCUGAUAUGUCAAUUGACGAUACAGCAUCCACAUCUCCUACAGCAAAUUUAACUUCACCCCGUUAUCUCGGUCGUCAAGAUUCUAUUCAAUUGUUGCUUAUAUCAAUGAUAUCUAAAGCAAAGAGUAGUAGUACAACGACGACAAGCGGAAGUCAACCACACGAAACAGAUAAACUUUUAAAAUUACUCGAAUUAUCGUGUGGUCUACCUGAAAUCCGAACAUUAGUUCUUCAACGUCUCGAUGUAUGGUUGCAAAAUCCAAAAUUAUUUCGUUCGGCUGAACGUUUAUUGAUAGCACUAUGUGAAAAUAUAACUGGACGAAACGAUCUGACAAAUGGUCAUGACAGUGGCGAGCAAGAAGAUGAAAUUUUACGAAAGACUAUGGAACAAUUACUCAAUUUAAGAUUUAAAAUACGUGCAACAUCGACAACAAAACCAUUUUUUUCAUGUAUCAAAGAAAUGUUGCGGAUAGAAAUAAAAUUAAUUGAUAUUUUCAUACGUUUGAUCGUACAAAAUGAACUACAAUUACAAGGACAACAAACAACAACAGGAAAAAAUCCAUCUAAUAUGUCUCUGUUACAAUGUUCAUUUCAAGCUAAUCAAGAAUACUCAAUGCAAAUAUUAGCAUACACAAUUCAAACAAUUAUAAUAACUCAACCACAAUCAAUCUCAAAACAACCACAUGAACAUGAAUUAUUAAAACAAUUACGCAUAUUUCUGAGAGAACUAAUUAGAUUUGCUAAAAAUGAUUUUGAUUAUUCUCUAUUUUGCAUGAAUUUAAUUAGUAUGGAGCAUUCAUUAGACCAACAAGUUCUAUUUUGGAAACAACAUCAAACAUACAAUGAACCGCAGGACACUUCUCCGUCGUCAUCUCAACGUCUUUUAAAACGUUUACUUGAUUAUGAUGUCGGUAUUCGUGAGCGUUUUUUUUUCUACGUCUGCGAUUUAAUAUCAAUGAUCAUUUUGGUCGCAGCUGUUCCACUAUUGCCAUCCACUUCCUCAUCUAUCUCAUCAUCGAUAUCACGUCUAGUUCCAAAUCCGUUGACGUACGAUCAAUGGCUUUUGUAUAUUCAACGUGCAUCAUAUAUUCAAUUUUGUUGUUGUAAAUUUUUUCUCUAUAUUAUACCAAAAUUAUUUGAUUAUUCGAAUUUAUCUCAACGUUAUGGAAGUGAUUAUGUUAGUUGUUUAUAUAAAAUUUUAUUUACGGAUAAUAGUGAAGCUUACUUACGUUCUGAUAAUUGGCCGCCCAUUGAACAACGUGGCGAUUUAUUUCGUUUAUCAUCUGAAAUACCGCAAUUAGGUGAAACAUUAGUUUUACUAGUUCAUAUUGGUCUCUCACCUCAAACACCAAUGAGUUCUCAUUCAACAAUCGAAUUAAUUGAACUAAUAUUACGUCGAACUCUAAGUGCUGAACAAAAAAUCAUUGAUCAACAGCAACAACAAUAUUUACGCGUACCACAAGAAAUAAUACCAAAUUUAAUAUUGAAAUUGUUUGAAUUAAGUCGUUAUACGUAUCCACAACAAAUUAUCGUACCACAGACAUAUCAACCGCCGAAUUUAGCAGUAACUGCUAUCUACUGGAAAUGUUGUCUCAUAUGUUUGCUAUUAGCAUCACAUGAUACACGAAUCUUUGGAAAAUAUAUUUGGGAAAAUAUGGCACAAGUCAAAAUAUUCAUGGAAAUGUUGUUAACAGGUGAUUAUAAUUACCCACCACAAUCAUGGUUAUCAUCAUUACCAAAUCCAAGUCAGGAUAAAUUUUAUAUGAAUGAAUUGAUUAUGUUACGAACUGAAGAAGAUUUAAUAUUAGAAUUAGAACAAUUUCUUGCUUCACGACAAACAAUAACACGAACAAAUUCUGAAUUAUUAGGUAAAGUUUGUCUUCUCGAUAAACAAACACAGCCAAAACGUCCAUUCCAUCAUUACACUGUUGAUAAACUACAACAACAACAACCGAGUCAAGGUGAAAAACAAUUUUAUGAAAAAUUACAAGCAUUAAACAGUACAUUUAAAUUAUCAUCAAUGUUAUGUCGUUGUCGUUCACCCGAUUAUAUAUUAGAUAUACUAAAUAGAAAACAACAACAAGAAAAGACGACAACAUCAUGGUUAGCUGGCUUAAUUGAUUCAAAUAUUGAUUGUUUAAAUAUAUUUCCGAUUAUAUGUCUCUGUGAUUAUUUUCAACAUAUUAUUAUGACGUAUAAGACAACAAAAACAAAUGGAGAAUUACCACAACGAAAAACCUUAAAUGCACUAGAAACAAUAAUUCAACGGUUUCAUACAAUAAUUAAAAAUAUUAAACAACAGCAUGAACAAGUAACGAAUGUGGGUGAUAAACUAUUGGAUGAUCCGGUAUUAAAUGAUGUUGUAUGUAUAUUUGAUUAUUUUUUUAAAUGUUUAAAUUCCAAAUCAUCCGUUAUACGUUUAAAUGCUUGGCAAUGUUUACAUAUGAUUGUUGACGACACCACUAUUGAUACAACAUCAACGUUACCAUUUUCGUUUUCGUCAUUAAUUUUGUCAAGCGAUCAUCUUAACAUUGAAAAUUUUUUAUCAACAAUAAAAACAUUUAGAUAUUUUCAAACACAUUUAUCACCAUUAAUAAAACGUUCACUUGUGAAUGCUUGUCAUUUGGAAACAAAUCCUAUCCACUUACAUCACUAUACAUUAUUUAUUAUUGAAAAUUAUCGUCUAGAUAACUAUGAUUUAUUAUGUGAUUUAUCGCUCGCAUUUAUUAAACGACACAACGUAUUAUUAUCAUUAUUAGAACUGGAUAAAGAAAAAAAAUAUCAAUUAACGAUCGCACUAUUUGAAUUUUUUUCAAUGCAUCUAUUAAAAAUGUUUCAACAACUAAUAUUAGAUGGUCCACUAAAAUUAGACGAAGAGGAAACAAUAUCCACUACAACAACAACGUUAUCAUCGUCAUCCAAAUGGUAUUUCUCAUUACCCGUUGAAUCUAAAUCGGUUUUAAAUGAUAUUUAUUUAAAUUUAAAAAAGAUAUAUUCGGAUCAUGAUUUUCUGCUAAAUAUUUUAGAAUUUAAUGAUACACCACCAAAAUUUUAUCAUAUUAGCAUAGAACCACAUAUUGUUGAAUUUUUAAUCAUUUUCUUAUCUAAUUUUGAUUUUAAUAAUAAAAAUGAGGAUGAUAUACAAACCGCUCAACCAUUAAAACAAUUAUUUUUUCCCACAAUAUCGUCAACACCAUUACCAUGUUUUACAUCUAUUAAACAAGAACAAGAGAAACAACAAAAGGCUGUAGCAACCACAACGACAGAUGAAAGUCAUUUUUAUCAAUUUUCAAUAAAUGACAAUGAUGGUCUCAUAGAUAUGCGAACAACAUCAGAACCUACUCGUAAACGUCUUCAUUCAUCAUCUCCUACUCGUUCAUCAAAACAUUUGGCUACAUCAUCAAUCGUUCACAAUACAAUUGAAUGUCAACGAAAUAUAUUUACAUCAGACGAUGUUCAACAUUUUAUAUAUAAAUCCAAAAAUAGCGAAUUUGUUAAAAUAUUUGUACAACAUGCCAAUCUUACCAUGUGUUUAAAAUUAAUCAAAACAUUUAAUGUACCUUAUGUGAACAUCUGUUAUGUAUGUUCAAGAUUAGAUAUUUUACUAAACGAAUCAAACUUAUCGUUAAAAGAAUUGAAUCAUUUAAUCAAGCAAUCACCGUUUUUACUUCCAAUUGUUAAUGCUUGGAUUAAUGAACAAAUAGAAGAGGCCAUACAACUUGGUCAAACAUUGACAAAAAUAAUUGAAAAAAAGAAACUAAAUCAUCCAUCUAUAACAAAUACCCGUAGUGAACCAUUAACAAAUAUAAGUCAAUCAUUAACAUCAACAAUCUCAAAAUCUUUGCCUAUUAUUACCUCUGUUCAACAACCGUUCAUCUCCACCACUAGUUUAUCAUCAUCUAUUAAUCAUUAUUUAAGUACAUAUAAUCGUCGUAUCAAUGAUUUAUGCAAUCAUAUUUCAAUUGUUGAACAAGAAACGACAACUACAUCAUCUGAUGAAUUAACAUUAACAAAUAAAUUAACUAAUACAAUUCAACCAUGGAAAGAUAAAAAUGAAUGUGAAGAUUAUUUAAAACGAUUAUUUGAUAAAAAAUUAGAUCGUUCAAAACGUCGACGUUUAUUAACAGAAAUACAAUGGAUAACAAAUUUAAAUGAACAAUAUCGUUUACAAUUAAUACAAGCAAUGAUAAAUCGUUGUAAAUCAAAUGAUGUUAAAAGAUUUGUAAAUGGUCUCAAUGAGUAUACAUCAUGUUCAUUAGCACUUUUGGCAAUUGCAUUUAAACCAACAACAAAUGAUCAACAAAUUAAUGAUGAAUGUUUAAAAUUAUUAACAACUCUAAAACAUUAUGAAACACAAGGUAAAAGUGCUUUUGGACUAAGAUUACGAACAAUUAAACGUCCAGGUGAUCAAACAAAUAUCAUAACACCACUAUUGAAUGUCAAACGUAAUUUAACAGUAACAACAACGACAACAACAACAACAGCAACGACGAGUAUUCCAUCAACAAACAUUAAUCAACAACAAUCUGAUGCACUCAGUAUUCUAUGUGAUUAUUACCCAGUAAGAGACUACAGAAUAGAGAAAAAUUUUGAACAUUAUAUUCACACAACAUUUCCAUCAAAUAGACAAGAUGAUUGCAAACGUCUGUUAAUAAAUUUAUUAUGUGAAUCUGAAGAUAAACUAUCCGAAUCAACGAUUGGCAUGUUAUUGGAUCAUUUAUCAAACAUGGAGAAUUUACCAUUAAGUUCACCUAUGAUGAAUUAUUCAUUGCAACAACAGUCAAUCUAUGCUUCACGUUCUUUAUUUUCUCAACAUUCUCGUACAUCAAUAUCUCAACGAUUAUUGUUAAAACAAUUUUUACAUUCUUGUGAUUGGACUACAAUCGUUGAUUGUAUCUAUGAUUUACUAACAUUACAUUCGUCACCAUCUCAACAGUCACAACUACAAACACCAAAUACACCAACUCAUCUCGGUGGUACCAGUCUCGUAAAUCCUUAUCGUUCAUCACCCAAUACUCAAAUUGAUUCUCCAACUCAUUAUCGUUUAACUCCAACUCAACCGAUAGUUUCAAGUCGUUGUUCAUUAUUAGAAUGUCGUGAUUCCGUUUUAAUAUUAGAUAUGUUGCAAUCUUAUCUAAAAUUACCACAAUUAUGGGUUGGUAGAGAAUCAAAAAUGUUAGAACGUUGUAAUGAUGAACCGUUAGUUGAACUAAAAGAAAAUCAUAUUUAUACACUAAUUCUAUACAUAUUGGAUGAAGCCUAUCGAUUAAAUGUAUCAAAAAGCGGAAAUAUUCGAGAUCAAUAUGUCUAUCGUUACGCACUAUUAUGUUCAUUGAUUAAAUCAAAACAAAAAUAUUUAUUAAAAAAAUGUUUAAAUCAAAUUUUAGUCGAUUCACAAUUACAAACAUGGACAAAAGAUAUUCUACCAUCAUUUUAUUAUACAUUAUAUUUAUACGAACCAAAUCUAUUUGAUAAUGGUUUUUAUUUAACUAUACAAAAUUUGUUUGGUGAAACAAAACAGCAGAGUUUACUUGGUGGAAAUUCUAGUACUCAACAUCAGUUAUGUAAUGAAUGCCAUUAUGAUUUGAUUAUUCAUGAUUUAUUAGUUCGUUUAAAUAGUUUUGAUCUAUUAACAGCUUCUUCAUCAUCAACUGCAACAUUUGAAACAAAUUUAUUACUACGACAAAUUGCAUCUGCUCAUCCAUUUAUUGUUAUUCGUCAUUUAAAUGUCAUUACAUCUUGUAUUCAAUCACGUUCAGCAACAUUAAGGAUUAAUGAAUAUAAAAAACGUGAUUCAAAAUAUCGUAGCUAUUUUUUGUCUAUAUUUGAUUUAAUUGAACGUUUACAACCUUAUAUAUUUGAUCAAACAUAUUCACAACAAUUACAAACUAUCGUUGAUAUUUAUAUUAAAAUUUGUAUACCACAAUUGUCAUCGUUAUUAUCAUCGAAUUUAUCUACGGCCGUUUUAUCAUCAAAUUAUCUAUCCGAUUUGAUUUAUCUAAUUGAUCAUUUAUUAAAUUUUAUUUAUACUUACUUAACAUUAACAAAAAAUAAUCAUCAAUUAUUACGAAAUUAUCAUUCAAAAUUUUUUGAAAAAUUAAAAGAUAAAAUACAACAAAAUAACGAACUAUUGAAUGUUUUAACAUCAAAUCAAAAUAAUUCAAUUAUGAAAAAUUUAUCAAAAUUAAAAAUAUUAAAUGAUUCACUUGAUCAAAACGAAGAUACUAUGGCUCUAGAUAAUCAGCAGUUAAAUCAACAGCGAACAACGUUUGAUGUUCGUUUGUGUCUAAUCGAUCGAAAUAACGAUGAACAACAACCACAUCAUCAAAUGAUAUCUGGCAAAAAAUUAUCAUUAAAUCAACAAAAAUAUGAUGAUGUUCAACGAUUUGUUUCAAAAUUAAAUGAUUCAAAUUCCAUUGAUAUUGAAGAAAUAUUAUCAAUUCUAUAUGAUUUAAAACAAACAAUUGAUCGUUAUUCAUCUGUUGAUAUUUUAGAUUAUUUUGUUGAAUGUUUAACUAAUCUAAUUCAACAUGAAAAUAAACAAAUUCGAGAAUAUGCAUAUGAAUUUAUUUUAAAAUAUUUACAAAAAUAUCCUCAACGUUCACAGUUAUUUUCAACAUCGUAUAUAAAAUGUUUAACACAUACCGAUAAUGUAAACAUAUUUCAAACGGCAAUUGAACAUUUUCAAAAUUUAAUUAUCUAUUAUCGAAAAGAGUCAAAUGAUCUUUUACAUUUGAUAUUAAAAUAUGGUCUAAUUAAUAAAAUUGAUGUUACAUUAAAUAUAACACAAGCCAUUCGAUUAUUAAAUUUAUAUAAAUAUGAUCAACUAUCGUUGAAUAUUAGUGGAGGAUCAAUGUUGAUGACUACAGUACCUCCGACAACUACUUCUGGUAAUAACAGUAAUCCAAAGGCUGAUAGUAAAGCUAUUUUUACAGAUGCUGAGGAUGCGUUUCAAGGUUUAGAUGUAUCUCGUUUAUCUCCAGAAGAUAUUAUAUCUCGGACACGUUUACUCGACAAUGAAGUUAAAAUAAUGAAAAAUGACAUUGUACGUAUUUCACAUGAGUCACAAUCAAUGCGUGAUAAAAUUAAAGAUAAUAAAGAGAAAAUAAAAGUGAACAAAACGUUACCAUAUCUUGUGUCUAAUGUUAUUGAACUUUUCGAUUUGGAUCCGCAAGGCGAGGAAGAUGAAGGAGCAAACAUUGAUUUAGAUGCUCAACGAAGAGGAAAAUGUGCUGUUAUUAAAACAUCAACAAGACAGACAUAUUUUUUACCUGUCAUUGGUUUAGUUGAUGCUGAAGAAAUGAAACCAGCUGAUUUAGUGGGUGUCAACAAAGAUUCUUAUUUAGUAUUAGAAAAAUUGCCAGUGGAAUAUGAUUCACGUGUCAAAGCAAUGGAAGUUGAUGAACGUCCCACUGAACAAUAUGGGGAUAUUGGAGGAUUAGAUAAACAAAUACAAGAAUUAAUUGAAGCUGUUGUAUUGCCGAUGACACAUAAAGACCGAUUCGAAGCAUUAGGUGUACAACCACCAAAAGGUGUUUUAUUAUAUGGUCCUCCAGGAACAGGAAAAACACUUUUGGCACGUGCAUGUGCUGCUCAAACAAAAUCAGCAUUUCUGAAAUUAGCCGGACCACAACUUGUUCAAAUGUUUAUUGGUGAUGGUGCAAAACUAGUACGUGAUGCAUUUGCAUUAGCAAAAGAAAAAGCUCCCGCAAUUAUAUUUAUUGAUGAAUUAGAUGCUAUUGGUACAAAGCGUUUUGAUAGUGAAAAAGCUGGUGAUCGUGAAGUACAACGUACAAUGUUAGAACUGUUGAAUCAAUUGGAUGGUUUUCAACCAAAUCAUGAUAUCAAAGUUAUAGCAGCUACUAAUCGUGUCGAUAUCUUGGAUCCAGCAUUAUUACGUUCAGGACGUCUAGAUCGAAAAAUAGAAUUUCCGCAUCCAAAUGAAACAGCACGUGCACGUAUUAUGCAAAUACAUAGUAGGAAAAUGAAUACAAAUAAAGAUGUAAAUUUUGAAGAAUUAGCACGUUGUACAGAUGAUUUUAAUGGAGCACAAUGUAAAGCCGUGUGUAUCGAAGCUGGUAUGAUUGCUCUUCGUCGAAAUGCUGUUGAAGUAAUACAUGAAGAUUUUAUGGACGCUAUAUUGGAAGUUCAAGCGAAGAAGAAGAUGAAUUUAAAUUAUUAUGCUUAA